AUGAAGAUUCUACAAGACUGCAAGACUUGUUCCUUGCGCCGCAUUCGCUGCGACCGUACUACCCCGCAUUGUCUGAAGUGCACGGGACGAGGACUGUCCUGUCCUGGAUACAAACGCCAGAUCCGAUGGGUCAACUCGAUUGCGAGCCGUGGUAAGUUCAAGGGCCUUCCAGCACCUACUCUUGAACCAGCCACUCUUCCGUCUCCAGAAGCUGUCCCUAGCACAGCCCAAUCUCGCCCUCUUGCCCAUGACGAACUCGAUGAGCCAUCCCAAGAAGCGGUGAAUCAGUUGUUAGAAUAUUUCACACUGGAGCUCGCCCCGAAGAACGUAUGGGUGCACUCACCAGAGAAUGGGUACACGCGCCUCGUCGUUCGCCUGGCGCAUACACAGCCUGCCCUACGGUAUGCUAUCAUCGGGCUAUCAGCUGCUUACCAAAGCUAUGCGUCGGCCAGCACAACGAGCGGCUUCUCGCAAAAGGCCCAUCUCAAGGCCAUCACAUUGAUCACUGAUCAAAUCCGAACCUUGACCAGCAUGGGAACCAAUGGAAAGCACACGCUACCUACAGGGCACCAAGAGGCUACAGAUGCAGUGCUUGCGGCUACCCUCGUGGUGUGCAAUCACUCUCUCCUGGACUGUAGCACGGCUGAUGCAGUUUUCCACUUGAGAGCUACAAGAACUCUGAUAAAGUCUCACUUGACCAAAGGAGCUACUGAUAAUGAACUUUUCACCUUUAUUGCGAAUCAAGUCGCAAGUCUUGACAUAAUGGCAUGUACUACCCUUUUUGAUCCCGAUCUUGUCCGAGAUGUCGCUAUGCCCAGGUUAGAUAGUGGUUCAGUUCCGUUUGGCCAUUUUCUACUAGGCAUACAUAGGAUAACCACUGCCUCGACAUCGCCAAAUACCGAAGGAACCCCUGGUGGUGACCCCGGGUUCCUCGAGGAGCUCGAAGACGAACUUGAACUCGCCAGAGCAGCUACAUAUAUGGCAGUCGGACGAACAUUGAAGCCUUCCAGAGACGCCCACCUCUCGGAAACAACUCUUCUUAUUGAGGCCUUUCACCAAGCUGGGCUGAUAUAUGCUUGCAGACGACUUGGUGUUGAAAGCAUUGGGGGCUUUGAAGAAGUUCACCGCUCUAAAUUAUUCAGACUACUCGAAAAGGCCAUCGCUAGAGGAAGCUAUCUACCAGGUCUAUCAUGGCCUAUCUUGAUGUCUGGGAUUUCUUGUCAUGGAUACCAUGAUAGGAUCCAACUUGUCCGUCAAUUGUGUCACGAUCUGGUCAGGAGCUCUCCUUUCCAAUACUACUCUAAUAUUCUGCGCUUUCUUGAGGAGUUUUGGGAGAGUUCAGAUGAUGAUUGGAUUCUUGUGGCUCGAGCGUGGGAAAAUAGAGGCGAGCCUCUCUUAGCAAUGUGA